CCCUGGUGAUUUUAGAAUUUGAGAAUUCCAGUCUCUCUUGUCUUCUCUACUAAGCUUUGGCUUUGCCCAAUUCGUCGAUCAAAACACAGAGAAAAAGAUGGCGGGCGAUAACGAACCGGCGAAGCUGCUGUUACCGUACCUCCAGCGAGCCGAUGAGUUGCAGAAACACGAGCCUCUCGUCGCUUAUUACUGUCGAUUAUACGCAAUGGAGCGAGGCCUCAAGAUUCCUCAGAACGAGCGCACCAAGACCACCAAUUCCCUCCUGAUUUCUCUCAUGAAGCAGCUCGAAAAGGAUAAGAAGUCACUGGAGUUGGGGCCUGAAGACAAUCUUUAUCUUGAGGGAUUUGCCUUGAAUGUUUUUGGGAAGGCAGACAAGCAAGAUCGUGCUGGUCGAGCAGAUUUGAAUACUGCAAAAACAUUCUAUGCGGCAAGCAUCUUCUUUGAAAUUAUUAAUCAGUUUGGUGUGCUUCAGCCUGAUCUCGAGCAGAAACAGAAGUAUGCAGCUUGGAAAGCAGCAGAUAUAAGGAAAGCUGUGAAAGAAGGAAGGAAGCCUCAACCUGGCCCCCCUGCUGGUGAUGAUGAUCUUUCAGUUCCCUCGAGUACAACUAGUGGUUCAUAUGAUCUUGGGCCUAGCGAAGCUGCAGCUACCAGCUCUGGACCAGGGUUGGAUCCUUCAUCCCAGUUUUAUGAUGCAGUCAACCAGCAGCCUCCGACACAUACUGCACCUUCUCAAUAUCAUGAAAAAGUCAAUCUUGAGCGUUCUGCUAGCUUUCAGUCAUCACCUCAGUAUUCUGCUAACAUCCCACCACCAUCUCAAUCUUACCCUAGUGCUGGCUACACGUCCCAUGAUGUCUUUCCACAACCUCCUUCCCAUGAUAUCCAUCGACCGUCUCCUUCCCAAGAUGUCCGUCCACCUCCUCCUUCCCACGAUCUCCAGCUACCUCCUCCUCCCUCCCAUGAUAUCCAUCUACCUCCUCCAACAAAUCAGCCAAACACUUCUGAUUAUCCUCAGCCAUACCACCAGCAACCCUACCCGCAUGAACCCCAACAACCUUCGCCACAUGACUAUUCUCCUCAUGAUACUACUAAUUACACCUAUCCUAAUUUCAGUAAUUUCCAAUCAUAUCCAAGUUUUACAGAAAGCAACAUUCCAGCAGUGUCGUCCCAGUAUCCCUCUUACUAUCAGGGCACUGAUAUUUCCUACUCUCCCCCGUCAGCUCCUUCAACAGCUAACUACCCAUCAGCAGCCCAACACCAGGCGAGCCACAGAAAUGGGACUGUGACAGAACCUGCGCCUCCUGCCCCAUCAAAGACUUACCAGUAUGAUAGUAGCUACAUGCCAGCACCGGAGAAAAUAGCGGAGGCACAUAAGGCAGCCAGGUUUGCAGUUGGAGCAUUGGCAUUUGAUGAUGUGUCUGUUGCGGUGGAUCACUUGAUAAAAUCACUUGAAUUGUUGACAAACCCAUCAGCUGGGUUUGGUAAGUAAAUUUUCAUUUCAUGGUGCUCGGAGUUCCAGAUGUUUCCAUAUAUGUUUGAGUAGUAUGUAAAUCUCACUAUAUAGUGGAUAUACAUUCGCAAAAAUGUUACUGUUAAUCACGAUGCCAUUGUACUCCUUGCACCUUGAAUUAUUUCUUUGGAAGGAAUCUAAACUUGUGUGGGGAUAUUAAUGGAGCUUGGUUUUCAUUGA